UUUCUUUUUGUCAUAUGACCACUUCUAAGUCAGGUCAAAACCAGACUUAAUUCAGUUUGUUUAGAAAGAAGACUGUUCCAAAUGGAUACUAUGGAUCAAGACUGCUUUCAAGCCAAGUCUGACUGAAAGAGUGGCAGCUUUUGUGUUUGUAUAAACUUGCGCAUGGAUUUGGAAAUAAUUUAAUUUAAAGUAACACCACAAUUAGAUAAAAACGAAUGCAGGACCACCGGAAAGCAGAAAACUGUGUUUUAAACAAACAUGUCUGAGGAACAAGAUAUGUCCACAUCGACUGCCAAUCCACAUGAGCACCAAAGACCUGUUUCCAUGAGAAGUGACAUGUCCAAAGGGGAACCCCCAGACUUCAGUGAUAAUAAACCAAGUCCACAUGAGCACCAACGACCUGUUUCCAUGAGAAGUGACAUGUCCAAAGGGGAACCCCCAGACUUCAGUGAUAAUAAACCAAGUCCACAUGAGCACCAAAGACCUGACUCAGAGAGCUAUGUUUCCAUGAGAAGUGACAUGUCCAAAGGGGAACCCCCAGACUUCAGUGAUAAUAAACCAAGUCCACAUGAGCACCAAAGACCUGUUUCCAUGAGAAGUGACAUGUCCAAAGGGGAACCCCCAGACUUCAGUGAUAAUAAACCAAGAGACCUCAAAGCAAUGGGCAAAGCUGGUGACACAUAUGCGCAAAAGUCUUCUUAGAGAAAACACUUUCAUUCAUCAUUCUAAGCAGAAAAACACAGAGCACAUCAUCAGAGAAGACAGCACUUCAGCGAAUAAUGAACAGACUGGGGUGAAAGUGAAGACAACAUCUGAUAUAUUUAAAGACAAGAAUGGGAAGAAAACCAGAACUGUGCUGACUGUCGGAGAGGCUGGUAUUGGAAAAUCCUUCCACGUACAGAAAUAUAUAAAAGAAUGGGCGGAAAAUACAAACCCUUCACUUUUAACUUGGCUUAAAACAUCUUCAAUUGGUAAAGGAAAAGAAAAUGAAUUAGGAAUAUUUCCACUCGAAGUCUCUGAACUUAAUCAGAUGAAAGAUAAAAUUAGCUUGGUGGGUCUUCUCAACCAUUGCUUCAAGGAAACCAAAGACUUUGUCAUCACUGAAUUUUCACACUUCCCAGUUUUGUUUAUCUUGGAUGGACUUGACCAAUUUCAGCUCCCACUCGACUUUGACAAU